UUUCGGGGAUCUGGAGAGCGAGGCGCGAGGGCCAGGGCGCGUCGCCGGGUAUGUUCUAGAUCGCUGCACACUCUCCGAAAUAAGGAUGCAGCAAGCUUGGGACAAGCCGCUGCUGCCGAAUCCAGCCAGGUUGGAGGAGCUCCAUCCCUCGAUCAAGAACCAGCUCGAGGUUUCUAGCAGCGACGACGACGAGCGGGAUUAUAGCAGCGGUGGGGAUGACGAACCCGGGGCUUCGAUCUUCCGGAAUUAUCCGGGAGUAGCCGCGACAGAUAAUGAUCCAGGGCAGCUUUUCCAGGCGGGUGUGAAUCGGAUCAACAGCCUCGUGGCCGCGACCAAGGGCGGAGCAUCGACGUGCUUGAUCUGCCUCGAGAAAAUCCGCAAGAUUGAUCCAAUCUGGCACUGCAAGCAAGGAUGUUUUGCGGUGCUUCACUUGGUUUGCAUCCAGUCGUGGGCUCGCCAGGCACUCAGCACCAGCGAAAAUUCUUCCGCUGGAAGAAACUCGAGCUCCAGGACUUCCCCGGCGUGCUGGCACUGUCCAAAGUGUCGACGGGACUAUCCACAGGCAGAGAUCCCGCGAGAGUAUCGUUGCUACUGCGGCAAAGAGGUGGAUCCAAGGUCCGAUCCUUGGCUCACUCCACACUCUUGCGGGGAGAGAUGCGAGCUGGAGCUGGGACUUUGCUCGCACACUUGUGUGCUUCUUUGCCACCCCGGGCCGUGUCCGCCAUGUCCUCAGCUCGUCCAGCUGGCUUGCCACUGUGGAAAGUUGGCGGAGCUCCGGCGCUGUGGCCACAAGAGCUUCUCCUGCCAAAGGCUUUGUUCCAAGCGCCUGGGCUGUGGAGUCCACUCCUGCGACGAGAUUUGCCACGAAGGGGAGUGCAAGCCUUGCAGCAAGUUCGGUGUCCAUCGCUGCCGGUGUGGGAGUGUGACUGAAGUUCGCCCCUGCUCUCAAGCCGAUUUCCAGUGCGAGAGGAUUUGUGACAAGGAGUUGAGCUGCAAGAAGCACGUAUGCGGGAAGCAGUGUCAUGCUGGGGGCUGUGGAGAGUGUGAACUUCAAGGGAGGAGGACUUGCGCCUGUGGGAAGGAGGCGUACAAGGAUCUAGCCUGUGAUGUUAAAGUGCCGACGUGUGGAUCAACAUGUGAGAAGUUACUGGCCUGUGGACUUCAUCGAUGUCCGGAACGGUGUCAUGCUGGUUCUUGUGUGGGGACCUGUCGAGUUUUGAUCAACAAGCGAUGUCGCUGUGGGAGCACGGCGAAGGAGGUUCCUUGCUACCAGGAUCUUGUUUGUGAACGGAAGUGCCAACACAUACGGAACUGCCAGCGUCAUGCGUGCAGGCGGAGGUGCUGUGACGGGGAUUGCCCACCUUGUUCUGAGAUUUGUGGCAAAAAGUUGAGAUGUGGUAAUCACAAGUGUCCAGCUCCUUGUCACAGAGGUUUAUGUGCACCUUGCCCUUUAACUGUGAAAAUUUCGUGUCAAUGUGGAUUCACUACACUCGAGGUUCCUUGUGGCGCAGACAAAGAUGUGAAGCCUCCAAAAUGCUCAAAACGCUGUCAGAGACCACAAAUCUGUGGUCACGGUGAUUUAUGCAAGCCUCACAGAUGCCAUUAUGGACCAUGUCCGCCUUGUCAACUGCUGUGCAACAAGAAACUUGAUUGUGGUCAUUCGUGUAACCAGAGGUGUCAUGGACCACGACUAACAUGUCCAGUCUUGAAGGGAACCAAGAAAGAACGCAAAGCUGUGAUUUCUCCCAUUCCAGGCUCUCCAUGUCCACCAUGUUCUGUUCUUGUGUCGAGGCCGUGCAUGGGCAAACAUCCGGCCGGGUCGAGGAUGGUCCCGUGUAAUGACGAAUCAAGAUUUUCCUGUGAAAAACCAUGCGGAAAUCUUUUGUCGUGCGGAAAUCACUUUUGCCGAGAUCUUUGUCAUGUAGUUACCAUCAGUCGUGCUCUAUCGAAUGGAACGGUCGUGGCCUCGGGUGGUGCUCAGCAAUACGAUUCGUGCAGCUCUUGCCGGCUGAAAUGCACAAAGACUCGGGAUCCACCUUGUCCACAUCCUUGUGAGAUUGGCUGCCACACUGGGAAAUGCCCGGCGUGCAAGGUUUCCUUGAAGAAGUCUUGCCAUUGCGGUACUCUUGUGCGCACACUGGAAUGUAGCGCCUUUGGUUGCCUUUCCGAGGACGAACGCAUCGAGUUGCUUUCAUGCAAAGGUCCUUGCCACAGGAAGCUUGAGAACUGCUCGCACUUGUGCUCGGAAAUUUGUCAUCCAGGCUCCUGUCCAAGCCUGUGCUCCAAGAAGGUCACUACAAGAUGUGCAUGUCAGCGCAUACGGAAAGCGUAUCAGUGCUUUGAAGUUCAAGCUGCGCGAGAGAAACAAUCGGCUUUAGUUCCGUGCGAUCAAGAUUGUUUGAAGGCCAAAGCCUCGCAGGAGCUGGAAGAAGAUUUGCAGCACAAACAAGCAGCAGACAAAGAGCUACGUCGUGAUGACUUGAAGAAGGUCCUGCCGAAACAACGGAAAGUACGCGCACCGAGAAGCGCUCAUGGGGACUGGAAGUACAAGGAGAGCUUGCAAAUUGCAAUGAGAUAUGCUCUAGUGGUUGCUCUUGUGCUGGGAGCGGUAGCAAUGGCCUACUAUGGCGCCAAAGCUCUGCGAAGCCUCUCGGACUGGAUGGACGAGAUCGACAACCAGAGGCCCAGAGCAAAACUUCAUUGAAAGUUUUCCUACUCUAGAAAGCUUUGGUUUUGGAAAUAAAGAGAGAUGGUUUCA